AUGCGCAGAAUACCACGCCUCUCGCGGCCAAUUGACCGCCUCGCUGCCCUCGACCCAAUUGCCCUCCGCCGCCCUCAAUGCCCGUUCCCGACCACGUCCACCACCACCGCUCGCGCCCCGUUCUCCACCACCCGCACCCUCGCCGCCGAGGAAAACGACCCCCCCAAACGCAACGAGUUCCUCGAGCGCCUCCGCUCCAAGCUCUGGGGCACCGACCACGCCCCCGGCCGCGAAGACCCGUACUCGGCGCACUCGCCCAUGCGCGUGAGCACGCCGUCGCAGAAGAUGAAGCCGCAGAAGAAGAAGAGGGCGCAGAAGCAGCAGGCGGAUGCUGCUGAUGCUGCUGCUGCUGAGGAGAGCGAGGGGGAGGCGAAGACGCCUGCGAGGCAGGAGGUGCAGGUCGUGCGGGAGGAGGACGCGACGUACGAGCCGGCGCGGACGUGGCACGGGCUCAAGUGGGUGGGGGGGGAGGGGGUGGCGUGGCAGGCGGAGAAGGAAUUUACUCCGCCCGUGCGGACGACUCUUGAGCCUAGGCUCGCGCUGAAGCAGGCGUUGAUUGAGGUGUUUGCGGCGAGGAGCGAGGGCGCGUCGUUGGAGGGCAUUUACGACGGCAAGGGCAAGGAGGAUGGGUCCGUCGUCGGUGUGGAGCUGACCGCUGCGGCGGACGGCAGCGCUGUCAUCAAGAAGGCGGAGGCAGUGGCCGAGGGCCAGGCGGCCGAGGGCCAGGCGGCCGUAGAUGUCAGCCGAGAGGAGGCUCGGUUGUGGAGGGGCAUCUCUCUGCGGGAUCCGGCCAUCAAGUUUGCGGUCGUCAAGCGCGUCAUGCAGCUCGCUGGCAUCCGCAUCACCGACCCCGUCAUCGCCCAGAGCAACACCGCCGGCAUCCUGCUGGACAGCAUCACCAGGCGCCCGCCGCCCGCCAAGCUUUUCGAAAAGCUUGACAGCGACAAGAAGCUGGCCAAGCUGCGGAAUGUCAAGAUUUCGCCUCGGAGAAUCACGCCCAUCGAUAACGAGAGGCAAAUUGGCAGGUGGAAGAUCAUCGAGCAGAAACUUCAGAGCAAGAAUUUGCCAGUCACGGGCCACAACAUCUGA